AUGGAUACGACAAUCAACGCGCGUGCUACUACGCAUGCGGUCGCGUGUGAGGAGCGACUUCAAACAGCACUGAAACAAGUUCAAGAUGACUUCGAAGCUGCCGCAGAUCUACAGUCAGACUGGAUCGAGAAGCGACUCAAUGCUAAGCUUGAUGCAGCAAGGAAAGCAGCUGAAGCUGAACAAGAAACCAACUUGCGAGCUUGUGAGAUUCUUUAUGAAGAAAACGCGACAGAAAUCGACAAGAAAGAUGCUGAAUUAGCGCAGCUUCAUGCUGGUACGAUUGAGCAGAGGCUUCAAAAGAAGUUGGAUGACGCUCUGCAAUCGUUCCGGCGUCAGGGACAACAGCGCAUUGACACCCGAGUCGUGGAGAGUAUGGUACAGUUAGAACAAGCCCAACAAGCCGCUCAAGGUCGACUCGCUGCGACGAUGAUCGCGAAUGUGUCGUCUGUAGUAGAAAAAAUGCAACGGCAGCUCCGGGAAUCGCAGGCAAAGAUUGAUCGGCUCGGUCAAGAACUUCGGAAGGUCAUGCAAGCUGCUGCAGAAAUUAAGUCCGCUUAA